ACGGUGGCUGUCAAUGGAAGUUUGCCGGGUUAUGCGACAGUGCUCUCCGGCGAAAUACCUCCACCUCCAGCGCCGAACCAGUACUUCUCCGGCGACGCUCCUACCUUUUGCGUCGAUUGCAAUGUCGACUGCUAUCGGUGAUAGGCCACAUCGCAGGGCGUACGACGGCUUGCUAUUGGACGCCGGCGGCACGCUGCUGCAACUGGCAAGGCCUGUUGAGGAGAUCUAUGCCACAAUAGGAAAUAAAUUUGGAAUUGAGGUCACGGAGAGUGAGAUAAAGCGAGGAUUCAAGAGGGCUUUUGCUGCACAUUGGCCUGAGAAGCUACGGUACCAGGGAGAUGGAAGAGCUUUUUGGAAAUUUGUUGUUUCUGAAGCGACCGGUUGUUCUGAUAAUGAUUUUUUUGAGGAGGUAUAUGAGCAUUAUGCACAUGGUGAUGCAUGGAGAUUACCAGCAGGAGCUUAUGAAGGAAUAUGCCUUCUAAAAGAUGCUGGAGUGAAGUUGGCUGUGGUCUCCAACUUUGAUAAUAGAUUGCGCAAGCUACUGAGCGACCUUAGCGUUGCACAAUUAUUUGAUUCCAUUGUCAUAUCCUCAGAGGUUGGUUAUGAAAAGCCUGCUGCUGAGAUCUUUUUAACUGCUUUAGAUCAUAUUGGUAUUAAAGCUGGUAAGGUUGUGCAUGUGGGUGAUGAUCAGAAGGCAGAUAAGGUGGGCGCCAACUCAGUUGGCAUUGAUUGUUGGCUAUGGGGCUCCGAUGUGAAAUCUUUUUCUGAAAUAUGCGAACGAAUUCUUAUUGCAGAUUCUUAACUAGAGAAUAGCAAGGUAUUAUUCUUGCGAGCUUUCCAAAUCAGGCUUUCAGCUAAAGAUGCUCCUGUAAUAAUAUUCCAUCAGCUUAUCCUGCAACAAACAUUUACUUGAAUUUGGUGCAAAUAGCCGUAUCAAUUAUAAAUGCUUUCAAUCAACUAAACACAAAUUAUGAGAUUAUUGAAACAUAGAAGAGCAGUAUAAAAAAGCACCAGACCACUCAUUUUCUUAUAAAUUAUUGAGCUUCAGGUGUUACCAGGUUAAUCAUGAAAAAAAAAAACCUCUUAUCCAGCUUAUUAAUAGUGACAGAAAACUUGGUUACAUGCCCUUAAAAUUUCAUAUUUACCGAGCCAUUGCCUAAGUACUUAUGAGCAUAUCAUCAACAAUUGUAGUUGCUAACUUUCCUGAAGCUCCCACUGGCUAAUCUGUCUUAACAGUCUUGCAAAGUAAGGUUUUAUGAGUUUAAAGCCUUCAAUUUACUGUUAUGUUUUGAAGCAUUAGUUGUAUUAAAUGUGCCUCAAGAGGAAAUUAAACUAUAGAUUAAAUUUAUUUUUGAAAUUUGAUUUUUUAUGAUUGUGUUGUAUGCAGCAUAAAUUUUAUCUUCUCCAUGUCU